AUGAAAAAAAUCCCCGAUGAUCUCGACACCGAUCUGAACCUAGUGCGAUGGAUCCGUGGUCAUCAAGGGAACCUCGACAAAAUAUGCACGAAUUUCACCCAGUACGUGAGCUCACGAAAGGCUGCUGGAUUCCUUGGACGUGACCUCCCGGAAAGGUACUUCGAAAUGCCACAAAUCAAACCUUUUCUUCCGUUUAUCGCAUCAUCUCGCCUAGCUGAUACAGUAUGGUCUGAAGAACACAAUGCUUUCAUGUUCGUUGAACGAGCAUGGGCUCAGCCAAAGGAGUUCAUCAAGACAUUCAAGGCCAGCGAUUACUUGAUACAUUGUUUUGGCUAUUCGGAAUUGUUACUGCAGCUCAUGCUGGAGUAUCCCGAAGUUGUGCAACGGAUUUAUCUUCUUAAUCCUCCACGACUUGUCAGUCUUUUGUGGAAAAUCGCUCGACUAUUCCUCAACGAGAACAAUCUACGAAGGAUGGAAAUCGUUGGCGAUAACGAUAUGACCAAAUAUAUGAAUAGUAAAUUCGUUCCCAAAGAGUAUGGAGGUGAUUUCGUCAACAAGGAUAUGCCAGGUGAUGAGUCCGGAGUCAGUAUCCGGCGUAAAAUCACCGCAGCCGAUUAUUAUCAAGCAUAUCAGCAUUAUGUCGUUCGAGGUGUACAACGACCAAAACCUGCUAAAAAGGAUCUCCUACCAGGCGAGCACUUUACUAUACCGAUCAUAGUACCGGAGGGUAAAAGCCUUUUAUGGGAUUUUGUGUCGAGUGGCGAAAUUGAGUUCUACAUUUAUAAGGACAAGGACGAGCAACAAUUGAUGUAUCCCCGCUUGCGAUUGAUUACUUCAAAACUUCCCGAGGAAGGCACCUUGCCGAAUUUGUCAGGCGGCGAAUAUUCAUUUGUGUUUGUAAACCAUGGCUCUUUCUUUACAACAAAAUUGGAAUAUGCUAUUACCAUUGCUUAA